GGUAUACGGUGAAUAGAAGACGAAUAGCAAACUAUUCUUGCAACUCAACCAAAAAUAAAAAUGGCUAUUAAGGUGUAUCAAUUAUUUUUUAUAAUUUUGAUUAACGAAAUCGUUAAAGGAGCUAUUCUUCAAGCUCCAACCCAGCAAGGUUAUAAUCAAGCACAAAAUUCUGUUUACAACACUGGAUUUUCCGGCAAAUAUAAUCACGAACAAGAACCGUUCGAUCCACAUCCAAAAUAUAACUUCGCCUACGAUGUUCAAGAUCAUAAAACGGGCGAUGUUAAGAACCAACAAGAAUCUCGCGAUGGGGAUGUCGUUAGGGGUGCUUACUCGCUUAUUGAACCGGAUGGAAGUAAAAGAACUGUCGAAUAUACCGCUGAUCCUAAGAAUGGAUUUCAGGCUAUUGUAAAUAGACAGCACGGAGCAGCUCCGGCUUAUGCCCACAAAGUGAACAAUCCCACAUAUAAUAAUCCCCCUAUUCAAUCUAAUAAACCUUCCCCAAAUCCUUAUUACCAGUAAUACUACUUUAAUAAUAAGACUAAUCGAUUUUGUACUGAAUUAUUUAGGGUUGCAUAGAAUUGUAUAUUAUUUAUAAUCGAUCAAUAAAGUUCUAGAUUCUUGCCA